AUGGUUCGAGACCAAGGUCAUAUACACGAUAGUAUAAGACCAAGGUCAUGUACACGAUUGGACAACACCAUGGUCCUGUACACGAAAGUACGAGACAAAGGUCAUAUACACGAUAUUACAAGACCAAGGUCAUGUACACGAUGGUACAAGACCAAGGUCAUGUACACGAUGGUACAAGACCAAGGUCAUGUACACGAUGGUACGAGACCAAGGUCAUGUACACGAUGGUACAAGACCAAGGUCAUGUACACGGUGGUACGGGACCAAGCCCAUGUACACGAUGGUACAAGACCAAGGUCAUGUACACGAUGGUACAAGACCAGGGUCAUGUACACGAUGGUACAAGACCAAGGUCAUGUACACGAUGGUACGAGACCAAGGUCAUGUACACGAUGGAACAAGACCAAGGUCAUGUACACGAUGGUACAAGACCAAGGUCAUGUACACGAUGGUACAAGACCAGGGUCAUGUACACGAUGGUACAAGACCAAGGUCAUGGACACGAUGGUACGAGACCAAGGUCAUGUACACGAUGGUACAAGACCAAGGCCAUGUAAACGAUGGUACGAGAUCAAAUUCAUGAAUACGAUGGAACCAGACCAAGGUCAUGUAAACGAUGGUACGAGAUCAAGGUUAUGUACACUAUGGUACAAGACCAAGGUCAUAUACACGGUGGUAGAAGACUAA